AUUCUCUGCGCGUCUCGGAGCGCUGCGCCUGAGGUCGCUGUUCUGAGCGUCACGUCUCCUUCCUUUCUUUCGAUUUUACAGAGAAAAUGGAGAAACACUACACGGAGUGUAAAGUCAAAGGAGUCAGCACCGGGACCACCAUCCUGGCAGCAGUGUUUGAUGGAGGGGUUGUGAUUGGUUCAGAUUCCAGAGCAUCAAUAGGAGGGGAAUAUGUAUCUUCAAAGACCAUCAACAAGGUUAUUCAGGUUCAUGACCGGAUUUUCUGCUGCAUCGCUGGUUCACUCGCAGAUGCUCAAGCUGUCACCAAGACUGCAAAGUUUCACCUGUCCUUCCACAGUGUUCAGAUGGAAAGCCCUCCUCUGGUUAUCGCUGCAGCAUCUGUCCUGAAAGAGCUGUGCUACAAUAACAAAGAGGAGCUGCAGGCCGGCUUCAUAACCGCUGGCUGGGACAAGAAGAAAGGACCUCAGGUGUAUGUUGUGGCUCUGGGUGGGAUGUUACUCAGUCAGCCGGUUACCAUUGGCGGCUCAGGAAGCACCUACAUCUAUGGUUAUGUUGACGCUAAAUAUAAACCAAACAUGACUAAGGAAGAAUGUCAACAGUUUGCCACCAAUGCUAUUGCUCUGGCUAUGGGCAGGGACAACGUCAGCGGAGGUGUUGUUCAUCUGGUGGUGAUAACAGAAAAGGGGGUGGAGCAUGUGGUCGUACCUGGAGACAAGCUGCCCAAAUUCAAUGAUGAAUGAUUUUUAUUUCAGGCAUGAGUUUGAAAACCUAUGCUUGAAUUUAUAGUAAGGUUACUUAGAAUUCCUCAUCGACAUAAUUUGCUUUUAAUUCACAAACAAAAAUACUUUCCAUUGAGUUACAACCGUCAGACAAGGCCUCAUCUAGUU